AUCUACCACAGUCAUUUAUACUAAAUGAAAAACUCAUGUUAAUCUGUGACAAAGUCGGAUAAUGGUACGUAACUGUAAGGUACAGAGUAUGAAUUUAAAUAAACUAGGAAUGUAGUCACAUGGUUCAUAUCCCGGAAAUACACUGCUGUCGAUAGCGGAAAAAAUGGCGUUAUGAGCAGCCCCAGACUGUAACAGAAGUGGGGCAGUAGAGUCAAGAGACAAUAAUGAUUAACCCGCGUUUCUCUGUUUACCAAAUGACAGAAACGCCCAACGUGACAUUAGUCAUACAUGUGUAUUAAUGCAGUUGUACACUUGAUUAUGUAAGGGCGCUCCACAGAUGGACAAAGACAGACUCGCAGCUGGUCCAUGCUCAUGGCUGGAUAUGCAUAAUUUUAUUGGUGACCUUAUGGCCGCAAAUUCUUCAGUCACUGGGCUUCCACUGAGAGAGCAACGAACUGAGGAGACACCAAGUUCUGCUUGGUCCAAACUAUGUCAUCUUCCCAAUUCUGAUCCAUCCAGACAGAACCAGGUAAAAAGUACUGAUCGCUUUGGUUUGCAUUCUGAGGAAAGGGAGCCCAGAGAUCAUGAAAGCCAUGUUCAGCAUCGUGGCUGCACAUGUCCUGGCUGCCCUCUUUCCUCAUCUCCUUCUAGUUCCUCAGUCCACACCUUAAAACCCAGAACCAGCCCACCCUCACAGAUCCAACCACCUUCGUCCCCACAAUCCACCCCGCCGCAGCAGACCAAAGAGCCCAGCCCUACCCCUGUCGGCCUAGGCUUGUGUCUAGGUUUGGGCCUCUCUCUGGAAGAGGAAAACACUGAACCCAGCAGCACAUCUGCUCACCCCCAACAAGAGGACAAAGGCACUAGCACCCACAGCCCAAUCCCUCAGGCAAAUCCCGAGUCCCCAGGUGUCCCUCCAGUCCAGGCCUUUCCGUGUCUAUGCUGCCAUCGUGGUUUUCAAGGAUGUAGCCAACUUCUACGCCAACAAAAGGACUCAGAGGCACAUGUUGCUCACCACCACUACCAUCACCACCACCAUCACUGCCCGCUUACAUCCUGCACAUCGUGUACGCUUCCGUCCUUCCCUUGCCUGUCCUGCCAGCGCACCUUCCCCACCUGCUCCCAGCUCCUGCGACAUCAGCAAGGCCAUGCGCAACAGGAAGGCUUGCAGCAGCUUCCAUGCAUGCACUGCAAUGCUUCUUUCCCCCGGCCGUCGCAAUUGCUGCAGCACCAGCGAACCCAGCAUGCGUCUAAAGCCGGUGGCUUCCUGUGCGCCGAGUGCGGCCGUGCAUUCAACUCGCACAGCAAUCUGCGCAUCCACCUCAACGUACACACAGGUGCUCGGCCCUACAGCUGCGCUGACUGCGGCAAGAGCUUCAGCCAAUCCGGGGCGCUUAAGAUUCACCGCCGAAUUCACACCGGAGAAAGGCCGUACACCUGUACUUAUUGUGGAAGGGGUUUCCCUCACCUAGCCGGGGUGAGAGCGCAUCAGCGAAUUCACACGGGGGAGAAACCCUACCGCUGCAUUCAAUGUGGGAAGUGCUUUACUCAGUCUGGGGCUUUGAAGAUCCACACUCGCAUCCACACCGGCGAGAGGCCUUUCGUGUGUGGGCUCUGUGGGAAGAGCUUUUCAAACCGUUCUGGCAUUCGCUUUCAUCACCGAACGGUUCACGGGAUCGUGACGGAGCCCAACUCUGUAGGCAGGCCUAGUCUUGCUGCCUCAGCUUCGUCCUCAGACUUCCAGAGAAUUCAGGCCUCCAGUCUCAACCAGAUCCAACUCCGGGAAAUUGAAGAGAGGAGUCCGCCCAGUAAAGAGCAGUUAAGAGGGGAUCGGGACAAAGAAGCCCUUCCGUACGCCUGCGAGGACUGCGGUCAGCGUUUUCCAGAUGCUCCGUCUAGAAACAGACACCAGACAUUGCAACACUACUCUAAGGAAGAGAGAGAAAAGGAAAAGAACAGCUCAGACAAAACUGUAGAUUAGACAAAAACUACAAACAUUUCGGUCUCCAUGUAUUUCAAAAGAGAGGGAAGAUAAAAGCAACUUUAACAUGAAAUGUAUGAAGGCAGAUGUUGAGCCAGUUUGAAACUUGCUGAUAUCAGUCCCCUAGUACUGUUAAAGGAACUGUUGAACUUCACUUCCAGAACAUAAAUGUACAGAUAAUUUACUCACCCCCUUGUCAUCCAAGAUGUUCAUUUGUGUUCUUCAGAAAAGAAGAAAUUAUGUUUCUUGAUGAAAACAUUUCAGGAAUGUUCUCCAUAUAGUGGAC